AACCCCCAAUUUAGAAGACAAAAUCAACACUUUCUUCUUCGUUAAUCGCUCUUUUCACACUCCUAAGCCAGCUGCCGACGAGCAAUCGCCGCCGCAGAUUAGUUCAAAAACCGCCUCCUCGCCGCCGUGGACCGGAACAUAUGCAAAAGCAGCUGCAGCCAAUAAUUUUAGAGGGAAUAAAUAAAGCUAUAUGCGACGAAGCAGGGGGUGUUGUUGAGGGAGGAGAUGAUGUGCGUUUCGUGUUGAGGUGUGGAUGGAUGGUCGGUGAGUAGUUUGAUUGGGGAAAGCAGCGGAAAUGGUGGUGCGGAAGGUGGGGAAGUAUGAGGUGGGGCGGACGAUUGGGGAAGGGACAUUUGCGAAGGUGAAGUUCGCGCAGAACACGGAGACUGGGGAGAGCGUCGCCAUGAAAGUCCUCGAUCGGUCCACGAUAAUCAAGCACAAGAUGAUUGAACAGAUAAAGCGGGAGAUAUAUAUAAUGAAGCGUGUAAGACAUCCCUAUGUUGUUCGUUUACAUGAGGUCAUAGCAAGCCGUACAAAGAUAUAUAUCAUACUGGAGUUCAUCACGGGUGGUGAAUUGUUCGAUAAAAUUGUUCACCAUGGAAGACUUAGUGAAUCUGAAGCUCGAAGAUACUUCCAGCAGCUAAUUGAUGGUGUUGAUUAUUGCCACAGUAAGGGAGUGUAUCACAGAGACUUAAAGCCUGAAAAUCUGUUGCUUGAUUCCCAAGGAAAUCUAAAGAUCUCUGAUUUUGGGCUUAGUGCCUUGCCCGCAGAAGGAGUCACCCUUCUCCGCACAACUUGUGGUACUCCUAAUUAUGUUGCACCAGAGGUUCUUAGUCAUAAAGGCUACCAUGGUGCUUUAGCUGAUAUCUGGUCAUGUGGGGUCAUCCUCUAUGUUCUGAUGGCUGGGUAUUUGCCGUUUGAUGAGCUUGAUUUGACAACAUUAUACGGGAAGAUUGAUAAUGCAGAUUUUUCUUGUCCAUCGUGGUUCCCAGUUGGAGCAAAAUCCUUGAUCCAGCGGAUUUUAGACCCGAAUCCUGAAACUCGCAUUCGAAUUGAAGAGAUCAGAAAUGAUGAGUGGUUUCAAAAGAAUUAUAAUCCUGUUGGACUUUCAGAAGCUGAAGACAUUGAUUUGGAUGAUAUUAAUGCUGCUUUUGAUGAUCCCGAGGAAGAAAUGCCUAAUGAGCAAUGUGUGAAUAAUGAUGAUAUGGGGCCUCUAGAUCUCAAUGCAUUUGACUUGAUUAUUCUUUCUCAAGGGUUAAAUCUUUCAGCCUUGUUUGAUCGCAGGGAGGAUUCCCUGAAACAUCAAACACGAUUUGUUUCUCAAAAACCGGCAAAGGUUGCCCUGUCAAGCAUGGAAGUUGUUGCUCAGUCAAUGGGUUUCAAGACGCACAUCCGAAAUUACAAGAUGAGAGUUGAAGGUCUAUCUGCUAAUAAGACUUCACAUUUCUCCGUGAUAAUGGAGAUCUUUCAAGUUGCGCCACCGUUCAUCAUGGUUGACAUCCAGAAAGCAGCUGGAGACGCCGAGGAGUAUCUGAAGGUUUCCUUCUCCUCCCUAUAUUUUACCUAACUCUCUGCAUAUUGUAAAUAGGUAAA